AUGAUUCAAUUAGAUUCAAAGAGCGACAACCUCUUUUCGCCGGUGUCACAGGAUGAGGUCACUCUUAGUGACGUGGAAGCCAUGCCAGAAAGUCCCGUACCACCUCCCAAUCCGGAGACUCAAGCUCCUGUGGAGUGUACUGAUGUUCUUCUUGCUGUUGUGAGGGAACAACAGCUGGGAUGCAUUGUUCUCAACAUUGGUGGAACAGUUUUUGAGCCUAGUAUCCCCACAGUCAGGAACAAUGCCUCAUCGAUCUUGGCCUUGGUAUGUUCCAACAAAUUUGCAUAUCCAGUUCUGGAGGAGGGCUCCGCUGUGAGGUCGUACUUCUUUGAUCGAGAGCCGACACAUUUCCGAUAUGUCUUGAAUUACUUGCAGAGCAAAGGAAUGUGCUCUAGAUCUCUGUUUCCCACCAGUGACACUGCCAGGAGGGAGCUCUUGGAGGUGAAAUUUUAUCGCCUUAAUGGAUUUAUCCAGAAGUUGGAAACGGUACUACAGGAGGAGGAAGAAUAG